AUGUCGUCUCCACCAGGGGCGCCGAUCUAUGAAGAUACCUCCCCCACUGUUAGUUCAGAAACUGUCAAUGAAGACAACGAUGCGAGAUCAAUCACAAACAUGGAAGGCGAAAAGCAGUUCUCGAAUGCCAAUUUCGACAAUGAAGCGGUUCAAGAGAAGCGCUCCUCGCAUGAUCAGAAGAAUAGUCUGCAUCUGAUCAUUAGGCAGAUGAAGGAAGAAGAAGAGGCAUCUGGCAUCAAGGGACGGAGACUUGGCGUCACCUGGCAGAAUCUGUCAGUGCAAGUCAAAGAGGCAAGCGUUGCGGUGAAGCACAACGUGUUGUCCCAGUGCAAUCUUAUCGGGCAACUGCGAACUUUGACCCACAAGCCUCCCCUGAAAUUUAUUUUGGAGGACAGCCACGGAUGUGUUAAGCCUGGAGAGAUGCUGUUGGUGCUCGGUCGUCCUGGAUCGGGUUGCACAACCCUCCUCAAAUUGCUCGCCAAUCGCCGAAUGGGUUACGAAAGCGUCUCGGGAGACGUUCACUUUGGAUCCAUGGAUCACAAGAAGGCCUUGCAGUAUCGUAGUCAAAUUGUCAUGAAUACGGAAGAGGAGAUUUUCUUUCCUACUUUGACGGUUGACCAAACCAUGGACUUUGCCACAAAGUUGAAGGUUCCAUCCUUUCGGCCACAGAGAUAUCACGAAUCAACGACUGAAUAUCAUCAGGAUAUGAAAGUCUUCUUGAUGAACGCAAUGGGCAUUUCGCAUACCGGUGACACGAAAGUCGGUAACGAGUAUGUUCGUGGUGUUUCCGGAGGAGAGCGCAAGCGGGUGUCAAUCAUCGAAUGUCUGGCUAGCAGGGGCUCAGUAUUCUGCUGGGACAACAGUACUAGAGGACUUGAUGCAAGCUCUGCUCUUGAUUGGGCCAGAUGUCUUCGCUCCCUCACAGAUAUUUUCGGCUUAUCAACGAUUGUAACCCUUUACCAAGCCGGAAACGGGAUAUACCACCAAUUUGACAAAGUUUUGGUGCUCGACGAAGGGAAGCAGAUCUACUAUGGAUCCCGGGAAGAUGCUCGUCCAUUUCUCGAAGACCUAGGGUUUAUUUGUCGGGAUGGCGCAAAUGUGGCAGACUAUUUGACGGGUGUCACUGUUCCCACAGAGCGAGAGAUCCGAUCCGAGUUUGAACACAAAUUCCCCCGAACGGCGGAACAAAUUCGAAACCUUUAUCACCAGUCGCCUAUCUAUCGUCAGAUGACCAAGGAAUAUGACUACCCGGCAUCAGCAGCUGCGAAGAACGAUACUGAAGAAUUCUUUGAGACGAUCCGCUCAGAAAAACACAAAACAUUGAAGCCUGAUUCCAUUUUAACUGUCAGUCUAUACCAGCAGGUCAAGGCCUGUAUUAUCCGGCAAUACCAGAUCAUUUGGGGAGACAAGGCCACACUGGCUAUUAAGCAGAUCUCAGCUUUGAUACAGUCACUCGUCUCUGGUUCUCUUUUUUAUAAUGCUUCGGCAGGCUCAAGUGGGCUCUUCAUCAAAUCGGGAGCUUUGUUCUUUGCCAUUCUUUACAACUCUUUGAUGGUGCCUAUUUCUGAGGUCACCGAUUCUUUUUUCGGCCGUCCUGUUCUCAUCAAGCAUAAGUAUUUCGCCUUUUUCCAUCCUGCAGCCUUUUGCAUAGCGCAGGUUGCCACGGACAUACCGAUCACCCUUUUCCAUGUCACUAUAUUCAGUAUCCCGUUGUACUUCAUGGUACAUCUGACUUACACGGCAGACGCCUUCUUCACUUUUUGGAUCGUCAUUUUCGCCAUUUCAAUGUGUGGAAUUGCGAUGUUCCGCGCCGUCGGCGCGGCAUUCAAGACAUUUGACGGUGCUUCCAAGGUAUCCGGUUUUCUCAUCAUCGCUUUGGUGACCUUCGCAGGUUAUAUGAUCCAAUACAGCAAAAUGCAUCCAUGGCUAGGUUGGAUCUACUGGAUUAACCCCGUUGCCUAUGCUUUUGAAUCUGUCUUGUCGACGGAGUUCUUUGGAAAGAUCAUCGAUUGUGAAGGCGUCAACCUCAUUCCGAGGGGUGCUGGAUAUAACGAUGCCGCGCAUCAAUCCUGUGCUGGUGUGGGAGGAGCAAUCCAGGGUCAAACGAGCCUUACAGGCGUGCAGUACCUACAUUCUCUCAGUUAUUCUCAUUCUCAUGUCUGGCGUAACUUUGGAAUUGUGUGGGCAUGGUGGGCCCUUUUCGUUUGUGUGACAAUCUUCUUCACCACCAGGUGGAAGGAUAGCGCCGAGACAGGCUCCUCUCAAGCAGUGCCUUAUGAAAAGCGGCAAGUCUUUCAAAGCAUCAGCGAUGAAGAGUCUCAAUCAGCAUCCGCCGGGCCUGUUACUGCUUCAGACACAAGAAAUAAUAUCACAGAGGGACUUGUGAAGAACACCUCGGUAUUUACCUGGAAGGGGUUAACCUACACUGUUCAAACCCCUAGUGGUGACAGGGUUCUCCUCGAAAAUAUCAAUGGUUGGGUUAAGCCCGGUAUGUUAGGGGCUCUUAUGGGAUCUUCCGGUGCUGGAAAAACCACUCUCCUCGAUGUCUUGGCCCAGCGAAAAACAGACGGUAAUAUACACGGAUCUAUUUUGGUUGACGGACGCCCUCUGCCAAUAUCAUUCCAGCGAUCCGCAGGCUACUGCGAGCAACUCGAUGUGCAUGAGCCAUAUGCCACUGUUAAGGAGGCUUUGCAAUUUUCAGCCCUAUUGCGGCAGCCACGGAAUACGCCACGACAGGAGAAGCUUGCAUAUGUUGACGUGAUUAUUGAUCUGCUUGAGCUUCACGAUAUUGCUGAUACAUUGAUUGGCAAGGUCGGCGCAGGACUAAGCAUUGAGCAACGGAAACGCGUCACCAUCGGUGUCGAGCUUGUCUCUAAACCCAGUAUUUUGAUUUUCCUGGAUGAGCCUACCUCUGGCCUCGAUGGACAAUCUGCUUUCAACACAGUACGAUUUCUUCGUAAGCUAGCAGACUGUGGCCAAGCAGUUUUAGUGACUAUCCAUCAGCCUUCUGCCCAGCUCUUCGCGCAGUUUGAUACUCUUCUUCUUCUAGCAAAGGGUGGUAAGACUGUUUAUUUCGGCGAUAUUGGUGACCAUGCUGCUACGAUCAAGGAAUAUUUCGGAAGAAACGGCUACCCAUGUCCACCGGAUGCAAACCCUGCAGAGUACAUGAUUGAUGUUCUCUCACAACAAGAUUGGCAUGAAGUUUGGUUGCAAUCACCUGAAAAUGCUCACACCAUGAAGGAAUUGGAUUCGAUUAAUAAUGAGGCUGCAAACAAACCUGAUAAAGCCCUCGCUGAUGAUAACGAAUUUGCUACCAGCACCUUGGAACAAACUAAAAUUGUGACUAAUCGCAUGAAUGUGGCUUUGUUCCGCAAUACCGAAUACGUCAACAACAAAAUCCUCCUUCACAUAAUUUGCGGCCUUUUCAACGGGUUUUCAUUUUGGAUGAUUGGGGAUUCGGUCGGCGAGUUUCAACUCCGUCUCUUUACCAUCUACAUGUUCAUAUUCGUUGCCCCGGGAGUUAUCAAUCAGCUACAGCCUCUGUUCAUUGAACGGCGUGAAGUCUAUGAUGCUCGUGAGAAGAAAUCUCGAAUGUAUUCAUGGAAAGCCUUUGUCACCGGGCUCAUCGUGUCCGAGUUCCCUUAUCUUACACUUUGCGCAACCUUUUACUUCUGCUGUUGGUACUUCACAGUCGGAUUCCCCAAGGAUUCCAACAGAGCGGGUGCAACAUUCUUUAUCAUGUGGCUAUAUGAGUUCAUCUACACAGGACUGGGUCAGGCCAUCGCAGCCUAUGCUCCGAAUGCAGUGUUCGCAGCCCUUGCAAACCCUCUGAUUCUUGGUGUGAUCGUUGCCUUCUGUGGAACACUGGUCCCAUACUCUCAAAUCACCCCUUUCUGGAGAUACUGGCUAUAUUACUUGAAUCCGUACACCUACGUAUCAGGUGCCAUGUUGGUCUUUGGCAUCUAUGAUGUCAAGGUACAGUGCAAAGACAGCGAGUUUGCCCUUUUCGACCCCCCAAGCGGAAGCACCUGCGGCGAUUACCUCAACUCGUACCUCAGUGCUGGAGGAGCCGGAGAGAGGUCGAAUUUGGUGAAUCCCAAUGCAACUUCGGCCUGUCGCGUCUGUGAGUAUCGCACAGGAAGCGACUAUCUCUACACUCUCAACUUGAAAAACUACUAUGAUGGAUGGCGCAACAUCGGAAUCACCGUCAUUUUCAUCAUCAGUUCUUAUGCCACUGUCUACCUCAUGAUGAAGAUGAGAACGAAGGCCUCAAAGAAAGCUGAAUGA